AUGGUGCCAGGAGAAGAGAGAAACGGUGGUUGGUCAGAUAUCCAACAGGAACUGUUGGAAGAGAUUCUGCGAAAGUUAACCUUGGUGGAUUACCUCAAGUGUCGACGAGUAUGUCGGUCUUGGCGACACAUAGUUGAUGAAGCUGUCGCAACCAAGGGAACAAUAUGCCCCCCCGCUCCUCAAUUCCCAUUCCUCAUGUUGCUUCCUCCUGAUCAUCAGAUUAACAAUCCUACUACUCUUUUGGACAUCACACAAGAAGACACCUCUUACACCAUCCCACCACCCCGAACUUGGAAAGGUUAUGUUGAUGGGGUAUUUCCGGUGGAAGGAGGAUGGAUGGUGUUCCAAAAAGUCUAUAAUCACACAAAUCAGAAUUAUGAUAAGGUUCUGUUUUCCAAUACAGUUUCUGGUCAAGAGUUUGUGCUUCCACAUUUUCCACGGGUUUCACAGAAGGAUUUUACUGAAGUUUAUGUUGAAUUCGUGUUCUCUUCUGCACCAAAUUCCUCGGACUUUUUUGUAGUGGCGUGUACUACCAUCUUUCCUUACGCGUGGCAGAACUUAGCUUUUUGCAAGGUCUCUGACAAGUCAUGGACUCUUUUUCCAAAUGAAUAUCUACCGACUUUUUUUAUUCGGUUCGUAAUUCUUGAUUGGAAAUUAUAUGCUGUGGCAUCAGGGGGUGCAUCUGUGACUGUUUUUAAUCUCAGAGAUUCCAAUAACAUUACAUCUGAAACGUUGGUUAUGCUCAAUCCAAAUGCAAUUCCAAUGGAAACACGCGUUGAGGUCAGAGAUGGGGUUUACUACUGUAUUAAUGAGGUUGAUGUCGGUAUGGCAAGAGAUGGGGAUGAGUUAUUGUUAGUUUUUCAAGUUACUGAACAUGUUUUGGGUAAUACUAAAUGCAAAUUGACAAAACGAUUUCGCAUUUUUAAACUUGACGUAUGUGGCCCUAGAUGGAUAGAGGUUGAUGAUUUGGGUGAUCGCGUCUUGUUAAUUGAUGAUUUUCGAAUUCAAGUUAUGUCUGCUAAGAAAAUUAAGCUUCCUGGAAAGUUGAGCGGAGGCAAUUAUGUUUUCUUCUCUAUUAAAAACUGGAACACGGACAAACCUGAUCUUGGGGUCUUCUCUUUGAAGGAUAAGAGCUUUAAACCUAUAACUAUCCAUCCCUCUUUACAGGACUCGUUACACGGUUUGUGGUUCAUGCCUAGUCCUUGGUAG